AUGUACUUCAAACCAGCAUUGAUUAGCGUUAUUGCGCUCCUGGGGAGUGCCUCUGUCGCAAGUGCUGCUGCAGCAGCGUCCGCGUCCUCCAUUAUCGACCUCACCGCUGGUCAUUCCAAGCGCCAGGUGCAGGAGAUCUCAGGCGAAAUCGGGUGCAGCGCAAAGGGUCCCCUCUCGGGUCCUUGGGCUAUUGAGCUCUUCACUUGCCAGCCUGAAGCCAACUUGACAUGCCAGGCUACUGACUCUUCUGGAUGCACGGCCGGCGAUGCGACUGCCCUUGAUAGAAUUAUGGUAAUAGACCCAACGACUGGUACCCCGUUGAGCGGUGGUGCAGCUACCGCAAUGGCCAACUUCAGCUGCCCAGAUAACGGUCUCAUCAUCUGCUCCCUCCAAUUCGGCGACAACGGCACCUCCUCGGGCAACUUCGGUAUGCGUAUCGUCAAUACUUCUGACAUCGAAGGGAACUCCACCGACUUCAGCAACGCGACAUACGGUGGAGACAACUCGACGAGCUCUGCCAAUACGACUGACUCCUCCACGAUGCCUUCUGACUCCUCUAACAGCACUGCUAGCGGCGGCCCAACUGACUCUGCCUCUGAAAGCGGCAACCCAGCCAAUGCUACUGAUACUGACAGUGGUAUGGGCUCUGAAACCGGCAGUGGCGCUCCCUCUAGUACCGACAGCGGUACGGGGUCUGAAACUGGCAGUGGCGCUCCCUCUGGUACCGAAAGCGGUACGGAUUCUGGUACGGGCACUGAUACGGGCAGUGGUGCUCCCACUGGCACCGAAAGCGGUAUGGGUUCCACUACCUCCGGUGUAGGCGACCCAGUUCCAACUCAGGAGGAGCAAGCGGCGGAAGCACCAGCGCACCCACAAGCACUGCUCCCAGCGAGUCCUCCAGUGCAGGUGGCCUCGACAGCGCCUCUGGUGAACCCUCUGGCUUCAGCAAAAUCUAAACGCGCAAAGUUGAACGUACGCGAGAAUGGUGUUGAGCUAAUCAGUUGGCAUGGAUUGCUUGAUAGAUAG